UCAUCGGCAGGGGGAAGGAACUCGGAGAAGGGAGCAGAGACACAGAGGUGCAUGUGUGUGUUUAUGUGAUCUUAGCCUGAUAGAAAGAACAAGGAGAGCACUUUAGAUGGGUGUGUGUGUAUGGUAAAAGUAGGACUUGCAAACUUGAGGAGGGAAUUCCCAAAGUUUUCAAAGAGGGCCGCACACUUGCACCAGAAUCUUCUUUGAGAAACUUGACAUUAAGAUGAACACAGCCCUGCUGGAGAGGAUGCGUACUUAUGUGUGAGUUUGUGUUUGAAUUGAGUUGAUCUUGACAUUGAAGAGAUUCAAUAACUCUCUUUAAGAGAGUUCUGAAGAAAAGAAUAUGGGUUAAAAACAGCAAAACGUAAAGGAUUGACUGAAGAGAACCAGAUUAAGCAGAUGGACAUGUGUAGAGAGAAAGCCAAUGUGGGAUUGCUACUGCGUUUAGCUGUUCUGCUUAUAGCCUUGUGUUGGUGCGUUCAUGUUGUUUACCUGGAAACCAGUUGGCAGAGUUCUCCUUCACCAUUGACUUGGGGACGUCCCACCCAGCCUGGUCAGAACUGGGGUCUACAAACUAGGAUGAAACAUGGCUCUGCGGAAAAACAGGAGAAAAACUUUGAAAGCGGAACUUAUCUUCACACUCUCAAAAAGGAUGGUCAGGUCAGGAAGAAAGAACAGCCCCAUCCACUGCCAGCAUGCUGCCCACCUCUCCAUCCUCGCAGAAAGGCUCUGCGUUGGCAUAUAAAUCUACAGCCCUGGGCCAGUGAGGAUCACUCUCUGGAGGAUGAAACUAAAAGGUUCCUCAGUUACAUCACAACCCCACAGGUAACCUGUGCUUCAUUAGUUGAUAAUGAGGCUGCUACAGAAUCAUCUGCUGGUGACUGGGCUGUGUGCCUGGAUCCAAAGUUCAGCCUGACCCACAGGAUGAAGAGCAAGCACUGUAGGGUAUACUCUUUUGGGUUGGGAGUGGAUGAUCGGUCCAUGGAUAAUUUUCUCGCACAAUCAGGUUGCGAGGUCCACUGCUUUGAUCCCAGCCUGGAGCAGCCUCACCUGCAGAAAGCUGAAAUAUGGUUCCAUCGCAUCUCUGUAGAUUGGAGGGACCCCAGCCCAGCGAUUCUCCCUAAAAGACAAGCAAACAACAAGAAACUGGCCACCAUCCUGGAUGACUUUGGGCACAGAGAGGUGGAUGUACUAAAAGCAGACAUGGAAAGCGCAGAGUGGAAGAUACUGGAGAAUCUUGUCCUAGAAGGAGUCCUGGACUCUGUGGGUCAGCUGCUGCUAGAGCUUCACCUGCACUGGGCAGGCUUCGAGGUGGCCGGUGACGACCCAUCUGUGGUGCGGUACUGGUUCAGUUUGCUGAAGGAACUGGAACGUGCCAGUUUCCGCCUCUUUCACGUCCACAACAACCCAAAAAAACCUCAUCUUUUUUUACACAAGAACAUCCUGAAUGCCAGUAGCGCCUACACCUUGAGCUGGGUGAACACACGGUGGAAGCCUUCAUAGACAGCACAUAAACAUAAAAAAUAAAUGUUAUUGUGACUUGGUCUUUGGUCUGUGAUGACCUCUUCCAUAGAUGGAUGGAGUAAUUACCUUCAGAGACUCUGUUUCUCCUUUUGGCUAUUCUAAUGUUGGCAGCAGGUCAGCCUGAUUCAGUCAUUCUUGAAGCCUGGCCCGCAGCCAGCCGGUCCCUCUUUAUAAACAGCUAUGGCCAACAGACCACACAGGUUGUACAGUGGAUGAAAACAUACACAGUGUUCCAAGGAGCAGGCAAAAAAAAAAGAUCCUGUCUCUCUGACUGUAAGGGAAUACUUAAAAGCAAUUUAUGCUGCCUGCACAAGGCAGUAUGGUAUUCACAAAUGUAUAGUUUUAAACGUGUAUAGGCAUUCUCCAGCCACUUUAUGAGGUACACCUUGCUAGUACCGGUUCCCUUUUCCUUUAGAAUCGCUUUAAUUCUUUGAGGCAUUCAAUAAGGUGUCUGAAACUUUCCUCAGAGAUUUUGUUGCAUAUUGACAUGAUAGCAUCACACAUCCUGCUGAACAACCAUGAUGACAAUCUUCUGUUUCACCACAUCCCAAAUGUGCUCUGUUAGAUUGAGUUUUGGUGACUGGCUGCCAGUGGAGUACACUCAAGUCAUUGUGAAGAUCAAGAAAUCAGCUUGAGAUGAUUUGAGCUUUGUGACAUGGUGCCUUGGAGUACUAAGGGGUCCACCACCAACCAUCUAAAACUUUGAUACAAGGCAGUUUGAAAUCGUAGAUCAACGUUAUCUGACCCUACCAUCUGAAUAUCACAGGUAAAGUCGAGACUCAUCGCAUCAUUUUUUGUUGUUUUUGGUUAGCCUGUGUGAACUGUAGCCUCAAUUUCCUGGUCUUAGCUGGAUGCAACGGCACCCAGUUGUGUCUUCUGCUGCAGCAACCUACUGCAUCUGCUUCAAGGCUGUGUGUGAUGCAUUCAGGCAUGGUAUUCUGAACACCUUAGUCAUUAUUUGAGCUUCAUCAACUUACACCAGCCGGUCAAUUUUUCUUUGCCCUCAAUGAGGCGUUUUGUCCAGACAACUGAAAAUAUCUAGAAGGUAUUUUCCCUGUUUGUAAUUGCACCUUUUUCUACAACAUUUUUUACUUCCAUUAAUAUAUUUGGAUACAGCAAGCUUCUUUAGCUAUUUUGUGGUGUACAGUACAGACCAAACGUUUGGACACACCUUCUCAUUCAAAGAGUUUUCUUUAUUUAUGAAUAUUGUGGCUUCACACUGAA